AUGUUAAACACUAUAUUCUCAAUUGAUUUAUUAUUCUUAAUACCUGAAUUAUUUUUUAUUUUCUCUAUAAUUGUUAUAUUAGUAUAUGGUAUAUUUAUUUCUAACAAAUAUACUUUACUAAAUAAUAAAAAAUAUAACACUCCUAUAAUUACAAGUAUUGUUAAUAAUUUAACAAUUUUCUCAUUUGUAAUUUUAAUUAUAUUAUAUUAUUUAAAUUUAAAUAAUUUUAGAAUUUUAUUUUUAGGUCAAUAUACAAUUGCUUAUUAUACUCAAAUUGGUAAAAUUUUAAUUUUAUUUAUUGCUAUUUUAUGUUCUUUAACUUUUAAUAAUUAUUUAAAAAAUAAUCAAAUAAAUAAUUAUGAAUAUUUAACAUUAAUUCAAGUAUCCAUAUUAAGUAUUUGUUUAUUAUUAAAUACUAAUGAUUUAUUACAUUAUUAUGUAGUUAUUGAACUUCAAAGUUUAUGUUUUUAUGCUAUCACUGCUUUAAAAAAAAAUAAUAUAUAUUCUUCAGAAGCUGGUCUUAAAUAUUUUAUUUUAGGUUCCGUAAUUUCUGGUUUAUUAUUAUUAGGUAUAGCUUUAUUAUAUGGUAUGACAGGUUUAACUAAUUUAAAAGAAUUAUCAAUUUUCUUAUUAACUACUAAAUAUAAUAAAUUAAUUAUUUUUAGUUUUGUAUUAAUAUAUGUAAGUUUAUUAUUCAAAUUAACUGUUGUACCUUUUAAUGUAUGGGCUCCUGAUGUAUAUGAAGGUACUCCAAGUAUUAUUACUUUAUUCUUUAAUUCUGUACCUAAAUUUUCUUUAUUAGUAAUUUUAAUUAAAUUUUUAGAUAUUGUUUUCUAUAAUUUCAUUGAAAUUUGGCAAAUACUUAUGAUUAUAAAUAUAAUUUUAUCUUUAGUAGUUGCUACAUUUAAUGCUUUCAAACAAUAUAAAAUUAAACGUUUUUUAAUUUUUAGUUCUAUGACACAUAUUGGUUAUAUAUUAUUAGGUAUAACCACUGGUACUAUUGAAGGUAUUCAAAGUAUUUUUGUUUAUUUUAUUAUUUAUGUAAUCUCUAUUUUAAAUAUUUGGAGUAUUUAUAUAUAUUUUAAUAAUAAAAUUAAAUAUCUUUCUGAUUUAUCAUAUAUAUAUAAAUAUAACAAAACUUUAGGUAUGAGUUUCAUUAUUACAAUGUUCUCUAUGGCAGGUGUUCCUCCAAUGGCUGGUUUCUUAGCUAAAUUCUAUUCUUUCUUUGUUUGUAUUGAAAAUAAUUUUUAUUUAUUAGCAACUAUUGGUGUAUUAUUAAGUAUUAUUUGUACUUUUUAUUAUAUCAGAUUCUUAAAAAUUAUUUAUUUUGAAAAUACAAAAAAAUAUAUAACUUUAAAUAUUAACUUAAGCAAAAAUGUUGCUUUUGUUAUUAGUUUAACUAGUAUUUUAUUAAUUUACAUAUUUAUAAAUCCAUCUUCCAUUUUUAUUCUUGCACAUAAAGCUGCAUUAAGUUUAUGUAUAUAA